CACCCUUUCCUGUUUACGUUUCGCCAUGUGUUGAACUUUUUAAUCAUGUUGAGUCUCUGCACCAAUAGACUAUAUAUAUAAGAAAUCAAAGGCUUUAUGGUGAAUAUACGUAUAUUUGGAUGUCAUAUAACGACUGCUUCGAUUUAGAAACGGACUUAGAGAGAUGAUGGGAGACAAAAUUGCAGGUUAUGAGUUUUGGAGAACAACAUUGAAUUCGGCAAAGUAUGUUGUGGCCCCAAUGGUUGACCAGAGUGAGUUGGCCUGGAGGAUGCUGAGUCGUCGCUAUGGUGCGCAACUCUGCUACACACCAAUGCUGCAUGCCUCCGUGUUUAAUAGAGACCAGCACUACAGGACUGAGGCCUUGCAAUCAUGUCCAGAGGACAGACCACUCAUUGUUCAGUUUUGUGCAAAUGACCCAGAGACCUUCCUGAAGGCUGCCCUGUUGGCAGAGAAUCACUGUGAUGCCAUUGAUCUUAACCUAGGAUGUCCACAAGUCAUUGCUAAACGUGGACACUAUGGUGCAUUUCUGCAGGAUGAAUGGGAACUCCUGGAGAAAAUGGUUAAGCUGUGUCAUGAGAGACUAAAAGUGCCCAUCACCUGUAAAGUGAGAGUCUUUGAGAGCAUAGAUAAGACUGUGAAAUAUGCUCAGAUGUUGGAAAAGGCUGGAUGCCAGAUACUAACCGUCCAUGGUAGAACAAAGGAACAGAAAGGUGCAAAGACAGGACUGGCUAACUGGAAAUACAUCAAAGCUAUCAGGGAUAAUGUGAAGGUUCCUGUGAUUAGUAACGGUAACAUCCAGUACCUGUCAGAUGUAACAAGAUGCCUGGAGGAGACAGGAGUGGAUGGGGUUAUGACAGCAGAGGGUAACCUACACAACCCAGCCCUGUUCCAUGGUAUAGACCCUCCAAUCUGGAAGAUGGCAGAGGAGUACCUAGAAUUGGUUGACAAGUAUCCCUGUCCCUUGUCCUAUGUUAGAGGACACUUGUUCAAGCUCUUCCAUCAUGGUCUGGUCAUACACUCCGACAUCAGAAUGAUGGUAGGUACCGGGAAGUCACUGGAUAGCCUCAAACUCGCCGUCCUCGGGAUGAAAGAGAGAUGCUUGAAGGACAUGGAGAAGUUCCAGACUUGUCCAGAAAUGUUUGAGUCCAAACUUCCUCACCCUUACUGGAUAUGCCAGCCAUAUGUAAGACCAAGUCCAGAGGAGGCAGAGGAGAAUCAGAAGAAGAGAGAGGCCACAAAGCGUCCUCUGGACCUUCAGAAUAUUCCCUCAGACAUGGUUGGGAUGUCAAAAAACAAAAUCAAGAAAAGAAUAAAGAAUCCACACAAAUGUUUUGAUGGAUCAAAGAAAUCACACUAUGAAAAAUGUGACAGCUGUCUAAAUCCCAGGGGUAAGAAAUGUGCAUUUGGACUUUGUAAGAAAUGUUGCAAAAAUAAGACUAAGGUGGAGACAUUGGACUGUGUUGGACAUGGUAUUUUCCUGAAAAGUAAAAUUGAGAUAAAGGAGCAGUGUGAUACCAAGAGAAAGGAGCUGGAUCUCCUGGAACACAGGCUGACGGCUGGGUCAACUUCUAAUGAAGGUCAUCAGAAUGCUCAAAGUCAUUUUGAAGGUCAUGAGAACAAGACUGGUGAUAGUGACAAUUUUGCCUCAGAGGAUACAGAAAAGGAAACAGCCAGUGCAUGUAGUAGCAAGGAAACAGCAGAGUGUUCUACUGCCAUUACUUAGAAUUGUGAGGAGUUGUAAACUGUGGUCUGUGUGUUCAGUAUCUUGUGUUAUACUCAUGGCUGUUAUUUGGACCAGCAAGGAACCAGUUUUCCUGUUUGAGUAACAAAUAUAUUAGGUCAAAGUUUUGUCAAAACAUCAAAUGUUUUACACAUCAGGCACAAAAUGAUAAACAGGAAGGUUGAAAGUUGAUAUGUUUGUUAAGCACACCAAAGAUUCUUCAGUAGAUCUAAAGUUAAAAUCUCCUCCACCUCAUUAAUCAACACAUAAACUAGUGUACCAUUUAGGAGACUACUUCAUAUACAUGGACAAUUUGCUGUGAAAAUAACAGUACUGUUGACAUUAUGCUUUCUGCAGCUUGCAAUUGAGCUUGUGCUCCUAAGGACAAAUAUCAACACACUGCUUACUAUACAGUUCCUCGAUAUAAUGCCACUUUUGUAUUCAAAUUAGGUGAUGUAAUAGGUUUAACAAUACCAUGGGACAUGAUCUAUUCAUACCUUAGCACUAUUGUCAUUAUGAAUGGCAGCAAUGACACUAAAUUUUAGAUUCCUGUUAAUGUGCUAAUUACUGCAUCUAUAAAAAUGAUUUCAGUUACACAAGUGGUUUACAAAAAUUCAGAUUUGUAUCCUUGGACAGUUUCAUGCAUUUGAUGUAAAUGAUCAUUUAUUGUGACCUUUUGCUGGUGAAGAUAUGUACAUUUUAGUAUUUUUUUGCUCACAUUUGUCGGACCAAGGUGAGCUUAUGCCAUACUGUGGCAUCCCUCGUCUGUCGUCCAUCCGUCAAUAAUUUACUUCUCCUCAUAAUCACUGAUCAGAAUUUGACCAAAUUUGAUCAGAAGCAUUCUUAUGGGGUGUGGACUAAAAAAUACACAAAUGAUGGGGCUGACCUUCCGGGGGCCUGAGGGGUAGGGCAAAAAGAGGUCAAUUUGGCAAAAUUGAUAUAUAAACGACUUCUCUGAAACAGAGCUGUGGAUAUCGCUCAUAUUUGCCUGGUAGCAUCACUAUGGGGUUUGGGAUUUAAAGCUUUAAAACCAAUGUAAUGCUUU